AUGGUUGAUUAAAAUAAUUAAACAGAUGUUGAAAAGGUAAAACUUUAUUAAAUAGUUUAUUAGUGCAUUAAAUAAAUCAGGAUGGUUUAUAUUCAUAAUCGAGGUGUUUUUGCAAGUCAGAAAUCCUUUUGUAAUAAUCUUAUAGUUAAUCACUAAGAGUAUUAUUCAGUUUUCUUUGAAACCCUUAUAAUACCGGAUACUAGAAUCUUGGUUUAAGUUAACUGA